GCUGGAGCUGCCCCCAGAGCGGCUCGUGAUGGCGGCGGCGCGGGCUCGGCAGCGGGAGGCGCCCGCCCAGCCCUGCGCGCCGCGCCGCUAGCGGCAGCGCCCGUGCCCGCGGCGGCCGCCCCGGCCCAUGCCCCGGGGGGAAGGGGGGCUGCAGCAGCCCGGCGAGCCGCCCACCCGCGCAGCGGGGGCAUCGCCCCCACUCGCCGCUCCUGGGAGGGCGGAAAGCAGGCAGCGGCGGCGGCGGCGGCGGCUUUGUGCGCGGCGGGCGGAUCGCAGGCCGCGGCGGCGCGGGGCUCGCCUGCUCCCGCCCCAGCCCCAUGAACCAGCCGGACGGCUCCGCUCCGGCGGCGGCGGCGGCGGCGGCGGCGGCAGCGCAGGCCGAGGAGAGCAACAGCAGCGGGAGGAGGAGCUCUUCCAGCAGGGAGUGUCUGAAGAGGAGCCCGCAGAGCCCGAAAGCCGAGGGCUCCGACUCGGUGACAUCUCAGUCCUCCCCCAGUGAAGAGGCUGGAAUGAUGACUGAGGUGAAAGUGAAGACAGAGGUACCAGAUGACUACAUCGAGGAGGUGAUCUGGCAGGAUGACACCAAAGAUUCCAAGAAGAACAUCAAGGAUGGCCCGGGGGAUGUGCCUGCAGAGAUCUGCGUGGUCAUCGGUGGCGUGCGCAACCAGCAGACGCUCGAUGGAAAAGCAGUGGAACGUGACUCUUCCGUUGGAUAUACACGAAAUCGAUAUUCAGGGACCUGGAUUUUUGACCAUGCAUUGAGAUACACGUCCGGGUCUUACGAGUGUGGAAUAUGUGGGAAGAAGUACAAGUAUUACAACUGUUUCCAGACCCAUGUGCGAGCACACAGAGACACCGAAGCUGCCUCAGGGGAAGGAGCCUCACAAGGCAGUGCCCCUCUGGCUGCGGAAAGGGAGAAGAAGCCUCUCUCCAGAGCUGUCUUUGUGCUGCCCUGGGUGGAAUCCACAGAAACAAACAAUUUUAGGUACACGUGUGACAUUUGUGGGAAAAAAUAUAAAUACUAUAGCUGCUUCCAAGAGCACAGAGACCUACAUGCCGUGGAUGUUUUUAGUGUGGAAGGGGCCCCAGAAAACCGGGCAGACCCCUAUGACCAGGCCGUCAUCGCUGCCGAUGAGGUGAAGGAGGAGGAGCCCGAACCCUUCCAGAAGAUUGGGCCAAAAACUGGCAAUUACACGUGUGAGUUCUGUGGCAAGCAGUACAAGUACUACACUCCCUACCAAGAGCACGUGGCUCUGCACGCUCCCAUCAAGUUCUCUCGAUCUCCACUCUUCGUGGCAGUGAAGACACAGACGAGCCAGUCCAGCAAAAAGUCCCCGGCAUCCAUAAACCGCUGCUCCAGCCUCCUUCACCGCGCGCCCUCUGGCGUCCCACCCGCCUCCCAGGCCCAGAUGUUCCGCGCUCCCAAUUCCGCAUCCCCAGGAAGCAAGGCCAUCACAGCAGAAAGUGCUUUCAGCAGAAGAAUGGAAGGCAAAGUGCAAAACAACUUUGAAGAAACUAACAGCAAUUCCCAGAACUCCAGUGCUGGUCAUUCGGGGACAGAAAAACCUAAAGAAAAGAGGUGUAAGCAGAACCCAUCAGAAACCGCAAGUCCCCUGAUUUCAAAUCCUUUCCCGCUUUUACAAAAGCCUUACACCUGUGGAGCUUGUGGAAUCCAGUUCCAGUUUUAUAACAAUCUCCUGGAGCACAUGCAGUCCCAUGCAGCUGACAAUGAGAACAACAUUGCCUCCAGCCAGCAGCCCAGGUCACCUCUCCCCGUGGUUGAAGAAAAGUGGAAGCCACAGCUCCAAAGAAACUCCAACAACAUGCCGGCGAGCGGCUCGGUGGGGAACAGCGCCAUCCCGGAGAAGGAGCGGCAGAACAUUGCCGAGAGGCUGCUGCGGGUCAUGUGCACUGACCUGGGCGCGCUCAGCGUGCUCAGCGGCAAGGAGUUCAUCAAGCUGGCGCAGACGCUGGUGGACAGCGGGGCCCGCUACGGCGCCUUCUCCGUCACCGAGAUCCUGGGCAACUUCAACACCCUGGCUCUGAAGCACUUGCCUCGGAUGUACAACCAGGUGAAGGUGAAAGUCACCUGCGCCCUGGGCAGCAACGCCUGCCUCGGCAUCGGGGUCACCUGCCACUCGCAGAGCGUCGGCCCUGACUCCUGCUACAUCCUCACCGCCUACCAGGUGGAAGGCAACCACAUCAAGAGCUACGUCCUGGGCAUUAAGGGCGUAGACCUUCGAGACAAUGGUGAUUUUAUCCACCACUGGGUGCAGAACGUGCUGUCGGAGUUUGUGAUGUCGGAGAUCAGGACGGUGUACGUGACGGACUGCAAAGUCAACUCCUCGGCAUUCUCCAAGGCGGGCAUGUGCCUGCGCUGCUCAGCCUGUGCCUUGAACUCGGUGGUGCAGAGUGUGCUCAACAAGAGAACGCUACAGGCUCGCAACAUGCACGAGGUCAUCGAGCUCCUGAAUGUCUGUGAAGACCUGGCAGGGUCCACAGGCCUCUCAAAGGAGACCUUUGGCUCCCUGGAAGAGACCUCCCCGCCGCCCUGCUGGAACUCGGUCACCGACUCCCUGCUGCUCGUCCACGAGCGCUACGAGCAGAUCUGUGAGUUCUACAGCAGGGCCAAGAAGAUGAACCUCAUCCAAAACCUGAACAAACACCUGCUCAGCAAUCUGGCAGCCAUCCUGGCGCCGGUGAAACAGGCCGUGAUUGAGCUGAGCAACGAGAGCCGGCCCACGCUGCAGCUGGUGCUGCCCACCUACGUCAAACUGGAGAAACUGUUCACUUCCAAAGCCAACGAUGCUGGCGUGGUCAGCAAACUCUGUCACCUCUUCUUGGAGGCGCUGAAGGAGAACUUCAAAGUUCACUCGGCACACAAGGUAGCCAUGAUCUUGGACCCUCAGCAGAAGCUGCGGCCCGUCCCGCCCUACCAGCACGAAGAGAUCAUUGGCAAGGUCUGUGAGCUGAUCAAUGAGGUGAAAGAGUCCUGGGCAGAAGAAGCAGAAUUUGAACCUUCAACCAAGAAGCCUCGUGCAGCAGGGGAGGCCACAGCAGCUCAGGAAGAAGAUUGGUUUGGGAAAAGUGAAGUCUAUGAUUAUUUGCAAGAACCUCUCUUCCAGGCCACCCCUGACCUGUUUCAGUACUGGUCGUGUGUUACCCAAAAGCAUACGAAACUAGCCAAGCUGGCCUUUUGGCUCUUAGCAGUGCCUGCUGUGGGUGCCAGGAGCGAAUGUGUAAAUAUGUGUGAGCAGGCGCUCUUGAUCAAAAGGAGGCGGCUACUCAGUCCAGAAGACAUGAACAAACUCAUGUUUUUGAAGUCCAACAUGCUUUAAGACUUUCUUUAAUUAAAACAAAACUUUAAAACACUGUUCCAAACAAAGAAAAAAAAAUUUAAGUUCUAAACACUGUGGACCUCAUUAUGAAUGCCCCUGGAAACCAAGUGCUUUUUUAUAUAUAUAUAAAAAUAUAAAUAUAUAUAAAAUUAAGUUUGAAAGGAAAGCUGAGCACGGGAGAGAGACAGCCCCCCCAGGAAUGUGCUCCUUUCCAUAGAUAGUGUGUGAACUUGACAGACUUUUUAAUGUUUUCAAGUGGGCAGACGAAUGGGAGGCUGAUGUUCUAAAGUCUUCAGGCAGCUGAGAUCUAAAGUGACUUGAAGUUUCUUUUGUUUCUCCUCCACCCCACCUUUCCUCUUGUCCCCUGGGCCAUCUUGCCAUGGAUAAUCAGACUCCAUUGACCAGACCAGUUCUGCACUGGACUUUGCUCCUUUGAAUAACUGUACACCUUGAGGGCACUUGGCUGCAGCCUUCUUGGCAUGGUGCGUGAAUCAGGGCAGCUGUGUUCCAUCAACACCGGCAUCUUUAGAAAUCAGGAAGGGAGGCUCUAAUGGUUUUGAUUUUUUAAUUUUAUUUUUAACCUUUCCAUAUCCUUUAUUUUUUCCAAAAAACAAAAGAUACUUCUCUGUCUCUACUCCCAGUUUUGAGUUUAACAUGGCAGCAAGUGAUUAUAAGUUUGAUUUCAAACUAAGAGUAAUGCUUCAUGGCAGAAACUGUCAGUAGUUGUUACGUUUCUUGGCUUUAUAUUUUUUUACAGCAGAACUUCUUUUCUGAACUCCCGGUGUUAAUUAUCUUUUCUGUGAAUUUUGUACAUCAAGUGUUCUCAGACUUGUUCUAGAGUAGUCUAUUUGCAAUUAAAUAAUGUUCUUAUGGGAACCACAGCAGUUGUUUAUGUGGCAAAGCCUAGAAACCAGGAAAAGCAAAUGGUGACAGCACAGGUGGCUGUGGGCCACCAGUGAGUUUGCCAGGUCUGCCAGAGAACCCUUGUACCUAAAGAUUUUUGUUAAAAAGUGUCUCAGUGACACACAAACCACCCUUCCCAAGGCCAAGGACAAACCAAGGUGUAUGAUUUUUCAGGGGAACAAAGCUCACCAGUUUUGUCAAACUGGGGUUUGAAGGAAGCUUAGAGAAGUGCAUGGGCUCAAAGAUCCUUCUGAAUGUAAGUGCUCCUGAUUGAGUGCAAAGAAUAUCUUCUCCUUUUUGUUUGGAAUGGUUUCCUCUAGUGGCACGAAUGUCUUUUUGAUACCUACAGUGCAUUACACUACUUGUUCUGUUGCUGACCUGUUCUGGCCAGGAAGGCCACGGGCCCCGAAACGUUCACAACGUAACUGGCUCACCCCAAAUGCAAUUAGAGAUCCCCAUAACCCCAAACCAUCUCGAUCACUCUGCUGUCCCCAAGGCCAGAGCUCCUGCAGGCACAGCUCCUGGGCUGCUGGACAGGCUCUGGCAGGUUUGGUGCCUCUUGGACAAUUCCCAACCUCUGGUGCCAAACUGCAUUUUUCACUGCUGGGACUUGUCUCCAGGAGGAAAACUGAAGCAAAUUCUUCUUUUUUCAGCAAUCUCUGGUACUUCCAGGAGCUCUUGAGCUGCAGUCCCAGUGGCGUGGGAGGGUCGGGAGGAGGGACUAGCCCUGCUGGGAGCAGGCUGGAGCCCUUCAGCAGCAUGGGGAGUUUGCUGCUGGCUGGCAAUGCAGGGGGAAACUGGAGAGCCUCUCUGCAGUGCUGCUGUUGAGCAGAUGUUAAACCAGGAUCCCACCUGCCCAGCUCUGGCUGUAAGAGAAGUUGCGAGUUGCAAGACAUGAGAAAUAGCAAACCCAAUCUCUCAGGCUUUGUGUGCAGAUGCCUUGAACCUCACAGGCACUCCCUGACACUGCACUGCCACAGGACUCAGGGGCACAGUUUGCACACUGGACCCUUCCCCACGCCAGGCUCACAAGGACAGACCUUGGCACCAGCUGUCUUGCCCUUUCCAGCCCUUUCAGCCUUCCUUUGCCUUGAGGCUGGUGUUUGGGUUGACCUCUCAGCACUGUUACUGCCAUCAGACCAAAACAGUUGUCUCCUAAAAUGUUAAGUUUUUGCCUAAAGCACACAGCCUGCCACAUGAACAGGAGCUGCCAAGGCAGAGGCUCCUGGACUCCUGAUUUCCCUGUCAGUGGCUGAUGGAGGGGUUGCCUGUAGGUUCAGCUUUCCUUCUUGCUGGUUUUGUUUUCUUCUGUACAAAUCCUGCAUGCCCAACCACCAGUGGUAGCACAGCAGUUUGCCAGGCAGGAGAAACCUGUGGCAGACAAAAAUGAGCCCUGAGGGACUGAGAUGUGUGCCAGCCCCACUGGUACCUGACAGCAGGAAAACUUGGCUGGUGCAUGUCCCCAGACAGGAUUGGCAGCACCUUACACCUUUUUGUGUGGCUCACCUGAGACCCUGAGAGCUCUUUGAUGCUCAGGGGAAGAUGCAAAACCCUUGGAUUCCUUUGGAAAGACAGUUCCAGCCCCCAGCCCUCUCUGCUAAGGGACACGUAGAUGAUUUCUGUAGGAUUUUUGAACUCAGGCUCAUGUUGUCUGUGUUAGGCAUUGAGGUUGAGAAGUGGGCAAGACAGAGUUAGCACAACUGUAAAUCCCUGGAGCUGAGAGUUGGGCAAACUGCAGGGAUUUGUGCUCAGCAGUGGUGCAGACUGAGGGUGUGCAUGCAGGAAGGCCACAGCCACCCCUACCUCCCAUCCCACCUCCCCUUUCCCUUCUCACACUGUGGGUUUGGCACCAGAGCUGGGGCUUUCUGGUGGUGCUGACCAAAGAGAGGGAUGGACUGGCCCUCUCCCCCAUCCCAAAAACUGCCCCUCUGGGGCAACUUCGGUUGUAGCUGCACUAAUGAUGGCUGUUAAGCAGUGAUGUCAAGCAGAUGAGAUUCUCCCAGACUUAAAAACUCAACAGCUGCAAAAGCAAGAGAAAACCUAAAGGCCUAAAGUGGAGCAUUGUUAGAGGUGGUGAGGAGAGGGGCUGCUUGGGCAGCCACUUCUCCAGAGACUCAGUGGAGGAAGGUCCAGCUUUUCCUGACUUGCAUAUGGCUGCAGGGUGCCCAGCUGAGAGGAGCUGUUUGUGCUGGGCCUGCUCCAGGCUCUCUCUGGGUCACUUGGGCCUCAGUUAAAGCAGAGAAGCACAUCUGGAGCACAUGCAAUUACCUUAACUGCCAAGCUUUUACUCCUCUUCCUUCUUCCUUCCUCCAGGCUUGAAUUUACAUUCUGAGGAGCAAAAGUACUUUACCAAGGUCUGAAAUUUGGAAGCUCUCAGUUCCUGCUCGGUGGUGCCCCAGAGGUGAGGAGCAGCCAGAGUGUUGGAGGGAGCAGUGCUGGUCCUGGACUGGGAGACUGCUCAGGAGAGGCUCUGAGUUUGGCCAGGGCUGUUGUGAGGUUCUGCUCCCUUUGAGCUGGGAGGAGAAGUCCUCAGAACUGGGAUCAUCCUCUGGUGGGUCAUGUUGGGAAUUUGCCUUCUGCUUAUUUGUUUUCUUUACUCUCCCUUGUGAAAUGUGUCAGGGUGCAGGAAUGGUGUGUGGCCUCCAGGCAUCCACCUGUUCCUGCUGCCGACUGUGCCUGACCUUGCAGACUCUUCCUGGCUUCACAGUUUGCUUUGGGAGCAUUCUGACCUUCAGGUGGGGAACAAGCACCACCAGGUAAACUCCAAGAGGGAAGGGCCUGUCUGAACAUCCUUGCUACUGAAGAGGGUGAGAGAGAGGCAGAGCUCUCGAGGAGGUUGUUUCUGUGUGGAUGCAGCAGCCAGGAGGUCAGGAAGGAGCUGUGUCCUGGCUCUCAGUAGGCAGUGGUUCUGUUUGGCUUGCAAACAAGCCAAACAGAACUUGGACUCGGUGUCUUGCACCUGGGUCGAGUUGAGAUGGAGGUGAACUUCCCUUUCUGUCCAAGCUCUCUGUGCUGAGGAAACUGCUGUGGGUGGAUUUGAACUGGUGCAGUCUGCAAAACUUUCUGUGAAAGCUGACUGUGGGCUCAGGUUUUGUCUAACUCAGUUGUUCCUUCAUUGCUGGUUAAGCCAGUUUAACAUUGAGCUGAACUGGUUUAAGCCUCCACACAAACCAUCUGCGCUGGUUUAUCUGUGCUUGCUGGGCAGAGAUGAUGUCCAGCAGCAGCUCAGGGAGUCGUGAUCCUUAUGUGACUUUUGCAAAUGAAUUUGCAGCAGAUGCUCUCAGACCUUGGGAAUGACUGAAAAUAGAGGGGAGAUGCUUCUGGAAAUGAUUUGACCUCUAAAUGGUGGCAUUGGAGUGUCCAGUGAGAUGGCUCAGGUGGGUUGGGUGGUUUUUCUCCAACUGUCUGCAAUAACCCAGAAGGUUUAGCAUGGGAAGGAAUUACCAAAAAUGUUUGUGUUGGUGGCUGAGUCUACUCAGAGGGACCAGUUCCACUAUGGCUGUGGUGAGCACAGGACAGGGGACUGGAACCUCCUGCUGCUCCCACAGUGCCCUGGGCAUUUCUAGGCAGCACCAUGUUACUGGUGAAUCAAAAGACAUUAAAAGAGCAGCCGGGAAGGUGCUCCAAGCUGGGAGUGCUGCUCUGGCUGAGGAGAGGCUUGGAUCUCUGAUUGCACCUCUUGGCUGAGGGAGAGGCAGGAGCUCCUGUGAGCAUUCACACAGGAAGGGACAAGCUGUUCCCUAUGGAGUAAUUAGGAGUAAAGGGAGAAAUAAAAAGAUACUAAAGGCAGAUUCUGGGAAAUCUUUUCAGGGAGGAGAACUCUGUUCCUCUGGGAGGGGUCUGUGAGGGAAGUGUGUUUUGAGCCCUGUUGUUGAAGACAAGGCUGCAGAGUGGAGCUCGCUCCAUGAAACACUUGGCUCGACCUUGCCAAGAGAGAAGGAACUGCGUGUAGGGGUGGAAAGUGCCAGGUUCCUGCCUGGAGCCCUCCAGGAGGGCUCACAGAGCCUUUUCCUCCCCAUCCUCCCACUCAUCACCAGCACCAAGCCCUUGCCAGCUCUCAGUGCAUCCAUCAGCCGGGUUCCAGCUGGGAGGGAGGUGGCAGAGGGGAAGCCGCCAGUGGAGGAGCAAAUGUCCUGUGGGAUCAGCGUGGGGAGGGUGUUCAGUGUCUGCCUGCUCCUGCUGAGCUUUCCUGUGCUACUCCAUGGUCUGGGAUCCCCUGGGAAUGCCCAGAGCCACCGGCUGAGCCCCGUGCCUGUGUCAGACCUGGCGCUGUCGCUCUGUAGCAAUAAGAACUCCCUGUGUGUGGGACUUGUCCCCUCGCAUCUCUGUCACCUCCUGAGGCUUCUGGAAGUGUCCCUGAGCAAACCCUGAGGCCCAACUGAGCUCUGUGGGACAGGCCUGGGACAGUCUGCUUAUGCUAGGCCAGAAAUGGUGAACCAAUGACAGUGGGUUGCCCUGAAAUUUAAUUGUAUCUAUUGAAUGUUUGUGGGAUUUCUGUUUAAUUUCAGGUUUAGUUUGGCUGCUUAGGAGAGUUUUGCUCACAUAGACAACAGUGUAUCCAUAGACCCUGAGGGGUUCCUUGUCCGUAGGCAGCUGCCUUGGAAUUUUUGAUCCUGAAACAAGGAAUGAUGACUGGCAGGAUUUUCUGUAGCAUCCCUGACAGUGGGACCCAGAUGAGCAGCUCAGGCUUAAUGAUGGGAAUAUUGUAGGAAUAUUGUUGAUGAGCACAUACACAUCCAUACCCUUGCUUUUUACAACCAAAGCUCCUUAAAAAGGCACUUCCAGCCUCACUGGCCUCAAAUCCUUCUUCUCACCUCCCAGGGGUUCUCGUGGCAGUCUCUGCAGUGUCUGUGGAUAGGCUGGGAUUGUUUUUUCGAGUGGGCUGGGGGUGUGGGAGAAGGGAUAACUUUUCCCCUUGCUGUGUAGAAGGACCUUCCCCCUCAAGGAAGGAGAUGUGUUCUGGAAGGAGCAGCAGAUUUAGGAGCUGUUUUCCAUGGUCCUUUGAAGCUUACUGGUACUUUAAUACUCCUUUUUUUGAAUUCUUUGAAGGAAAGCUGGUAGUGGAUGACCUGCACAGUGGUGGCAGGUGGCAGCCCAGGCUGUCAGUGGGGGGAACACUCUGCCCAGGCCGUGAGGAUUGUGCUUCACGCCAUAGCCAGACAGUGUCAUGGUGACAGCCAAACAUCAGGAGAUCCUUGUUUGCAGCCAGUCUGAAAAGAGAAGCUGUUCCUCACUCGUAAGUUCCAUUUCCCAAACCUCCUCCUGGGAGCUGAACUCUUGUUUCAUCAAGCCAAGGAUUCAAUGUUCUCCUGCCCCUCCUGGCCCUCCCUGCCCUCAGUAACUCGUGUGCAUUUCCUUCCUUUCUGUAGAUGCAGAUGUUCUAGGCAAUACCACAGAGCACCCGCGCUGCGAGUGCGACCAUGUCAUCUUUAAAAAUACAAAAAAAAAAUAUACAAAAAUAUACAAAAAAUAUCUUUUUUAGGCCAGAGUUUUCUACAGGUAUUAAUGAAUAUUUUUCUUAAUCCUUAUAAGUUUUAUGUGUUUAAUAUUUCUUAAUACCGGUAGCAUUAAUUUAUACUUUUGUAGCAACACAAUAUUUUUAUAAACCGCCACCGCUGGCUUUGUCUUCAUAACGGGAAACGUGCGGGCAGCUGGCCCCGCGCCGUACCAUGUACUGUAUUUAAAAGGUUAUCUAAUGUCACACUUGCUGUGUUAAUAAACAAAACAAAACCUG